AUGGUAACACUCCCAAAGAAUACGACAUUGGGCACAAUUCGUCGCUUGUCAUUGAGCACAUAUUUUUCAACAUCGGUUCCCUCUCAAACAACAAUGCAGCAGGAUAAUCAAUAUCAAAAACUAAAACAGACGGCACCGUCGAAUACUCUCAUUGACACACUGUCUCAACAUCUCAGCGCCAAUGUCCAACAGUAUCAGCAUUUGUUCAAUCUGCUACAACAACAUUGCGUAUUGUUCGACACAUUCCAACCACGAACAAUUAAGACGAGCAUUCAUCAUGUAAUCAAUACGAGCGAUCAUCCUUCAGUGAAUGCAAAACCAUACUUCAAGACCAUCGAACAACGUAAAAAUAUUCAACAAGAGAUAGAUAAAAUGUUGAGAAAUGGUAUCAUCGUCCCGUCGCAUUCUCCAUGGUCGUCACCAGUGAUCCUAUUGAAAAAACCAAAUGGUGAAUUUCGUUUCAUUGUCGAUUAUCGAAAACUCAAUUCAAUCACAAAGAAGGACUCUUAUCCUCAACCGAUAGUAGAAGAAUUAUUACAACGCCCAGGUGAUCAUUCGUGGUUCACAAAAUUAGAUUUGAAGAGCGGCUACUACCAAAUUCCAAUCCAACAGCGAGACAAGGAAAAGACAGCAUUUGUCACUCAAGACGGCUUGUAUCAAUUUGAAGUGUUAUCAAUGGGAUUAAUGAAUGCUCCACCAACCUUUCAACGCGUGAUGAAUAACAUCACUGGGUACAAACGGUGGGACUACGUCCUAGUGUACCUUGAUGAUAUUCUCAUAUUCUCAAAUACAUUUGAUGAACAUAUGCAACAUCUCCAAGAGGUAUUGAAUGAGCAUCAAUUCAUAUUGAAUCCGGACAAAUGUUCGUUGGCAAACAAACAAUUGAUUUCCUAA